CUACGACAUAGUUAAAACGCGGUUUGAGGUCAAAUGAGCGACAGAUGCUGUAGAAACUAACAAUAUUGCAGUUCCUUAAGAACCCACAGAACACAUUGGAGAAAACAUUGGAGGAACCCAUCUUGUUCUCUUCAAUCUUCAUCCAAACUUUCGAACGUCAUCAUGACCUCUGUCUACAUCAUCUCACUCUCAUCAUCACGCGACUGCUCCUACACUGAGCAAACCUCUCACACCUCAGAAGCCUCCCAGAGCGGUCAACCUCCUGCUGUAAAACAUCAGCUCACAGCCAGUUCACAAGAAGAGUUUGAUGUUUCUCUGGGUAACGGUUCAUUUCUUGACAAAGAUACCCACAGUGACAGAGUGGCCCAGGUCGACAUAUAUGAGGCAAAUCGGAACAAGUCACCAUUUCAAGGUCAUGACAAAACUUGUAGCCAUAGACUCGAGGAUGUUGACGUUUCCUUCUGUGACAACACGUUUGCCGAUAUUGAGGAGACAAUCAGCAGCAUGUCCCCCAGGAACCACCCCAUUGCUCGUUUCCCCUCCAUAUCAAUUCAGGACGUGGGGCUAGUAUUUGUCGGAUUUGUGCUCCACCUUUUUCCCCAGGGGCUUGGGAACAGCUACGGCGUGGUUUACACUCACCUGAAGGAAAUGGACGGGUACUCAGACUAUCAGAUGUCCUGGAUUGGCUCGCUUAUGGCAGGGAUGUUGGGCGUCGGAGCUAUUCUAGGUUCAUACCUUAUAGAGGGUGUGGGAUGGCGUCUGACAAGCGUCGUUGGAGGCCUUUUUUUAACGCUAGGGAUGGUCCUGAGUGCAAUGGUUACGAACUUGUAUCUCCUCUACCUGUGUCUCGGUGUGAUGCCAGGUAUUGGUGCAGCUCUGUGCCAGCUCGCAGCUAUUGUCUGCAUCAGUCAUCACUUUGGAAAAGGGUUGCCACUCGCGCUGUGUUUCAUGGCGACUGGUGGUGCGGUGGGAAUGCUUGCUUUUCCAAUUCUUUGGAGCCUCGUUCUUGAAAACUUUGGGUGGCGUCGCGCUCUGCUGAUUAUAGGCGCCAUUGCUCUCAACAGCGUCUGGUGCUCCCUCCUCCUGCAGCCGGAUCCCUCCCUCCCUAAAAAGAAAGCGAUAUCGGCAAGCCAAAGGAGUCGUUGCCUCCCUGACCGUGUCAUCUUGAAGCAGCGUCCACUCUUCGUCUUGUUUCUCCUGUCAGCCGUGUUCAGUGGCGUUAGUCUCUUCAUUUAUGGAUCUUACAUUCCGGAACACGCCAUAACAGCUGUACCAGAUGUCACGUCCACUGAGAUCGCAAUAUUGGUGUCAGCCAUUGGUGGGGGCAGUUUCUUUGGGCGAAUCCUUUUUGGCAGCCUUUCCAUGACAUCGCCUAGAGCUCCACUGAUUCUCUUUACUACGGCUUUGGGCUUGUGUGGAGUUUCUGACAUACUUGUGCCCAUCUGCAGAUCCUACAUUAGCCUGAUGUUAAACAGCACACUGCAUGGUCUUUUCCUAGGUGGAUGGACAACUAUUAUCUCCCUUGUGACCGUGAGCUUAUAUGGCGCAGAGAAGCUGUCUUUAACUCUCGGGCUGAUCUUCCUAUGUCAAGGCCUCGGGUGUGUGGCAGGACCCCCGCUUGCGAACAUGCUUGUGCAGAUGACGAUGAGCACGGAGGUGUUAUUCUACUUUGCUGGCUGUGGAUUCCUUCUUAGUGUACUUUUUAUGUUGCCUUUGUUCACCGUCAAGGCUUACACCAGUAAUCACAUGACCAAAGAUAUCAAAGAAGGGGAGACAACUGGAGAAACAAACCUUGCUUUUGUGGAAGGUGGUUAACCUUGGGUCAAACUCUGGCCUGAGUGAAUGGAUCUCAUUACCAAUGUACAGACAAAUACUAAUAUAUAGUGAUAUACAUCUUUGAAUACUUUACAUGUUAAUAAAGGUUAUCCCCUCUAUGUUACAUUUGUUAUUUCAGCUGUCAUAUUCUGUCAAUGUCACAUUAUAUACAUCAACAACGUACUACUAACAAGCACUACAGUGAUAUAUGUAUUUUAUGGAUGUUAAUGUAUCUGUUUAUGUGGACGAUCACUUACAAUGUUUGCUGUAAAAUAAACUGAAUGACACCA